AUGUUGAAGAUUUGGUCGAUGAAAAAAGAGCAGCAGAAGGCUGAAAAUGCCGACGCUGCUGGCGGAAAGAAGAAGAAGGUGACGGCCGCCCAACUACGAGUGCAAAAGGACCUGUCGGAACUUUCCCUCGGCUCUACGAUGAAGACAGACUUUCCUGAUCCCGACGACAUCCUCCACUUCACGUUGACCAUCGAGCCCGACGAGGGCAUGUACCGCACCGGACGUUUUACUUUCAGUUUCGACAUCAACCAAAAUUUCCCCCACGAGCCGCCAAAGGUCCGCUGCAAGGAGAAGAUCUACCACCCCAACAUCGAUCUCGAGGGCAAGGUCUGCCUGAACAUUCUGCGCGAGGACUGGAAGCCGGUGCUGAACUUGAAUGCCGUUAUUGUCGGCCUACAGUUUCUUUUCCUCGAACCCAAUGCCUCCGACCCGCUGAACAAGGAAGCUGCAGAGGACCUCAGACUGAACCGCGAAGGAUUCAAGCGCAACGUUCGGACGGCGAUGGGCGGUGGCACCGUCAAGGGAGUGAGCUACGACCGUGUGUUGAAAUAG